CAAUAGUAAGUAGCAACAGCCAAGGCGCUCAAUCACAUUCCAUAAAUUCCCGCUCCGAACUCCCAACUCACUUCUCGUCGUACCGUCUACGGUCCUCCACCACCAUUACUCGUCUCUUCCAUUAUUACCCUUGCUCGCCGGCGCCACUGUCGCCGUCGUUUUCUCCUCUUAACUUACAGUCCUAUCGCAAGCCAUGAAACCCACCGCGAUAGUCACCGCCGCGGUGGAUAUCGUUAAAGGUCCUUACUUUGUCAAAAUUGCAGCCGUUGCGCUUCUUUCCCUCUCUCUUUUCGCCCUCUUCUACCACCUGCCUUCCAUUCCAUCCGCCGUUUCCUAUGCCUCCACCUCUGCUGUUGGAGGCGUCAACACCUCCAUAUCACCAUCCAUUUCACCACAACCUUUGCCAUCCCCAACAACGGGAUCAUCCUCAAAUUCAAGUCGGCGGCGUCAGCCGCUACCGUGGGUAACGGAGGCCCCGAGGAUCGGGAUAGUGGACGAGACUGGAGCGAUGACAGUGGAGUUUGACAUUGGGGAGUUCGAUUCGAGCGCCAUGGAGGAGCUGAGGAAUUUGAGCGAUUGGAGAGAGGAAGAGAAGAAAGAAGAGAAUAAUGACAGUGGGGUUAGAGUCAGGUAUGAGAAGUACAAGGUGUGUGAAGAGACGAAGAGCGAGUAUAUACCUUGUUUGGACAAUGUAGAGGAGAUUACAAGGCUGAAUCUGAGUGGCAGUGUGGAAAGGUUCGAAAGACAUUGUCCUGAAGUAGGCAAGGGGCUGGAUUGCUUGGUGCCAAUGCCUAAAGGGUACAAGAGAUCCAUACCGUGGCCCAAGAGCAGAGACGAGGUGUGGUUCAGUAAUGUGCCUCGUAUACGUCUGGUUAAAGAUAAGAAUGGCCAGAAUUGGAUAGCAAGGAAAGGGGAUAAGUUAUUUUUUCCACGAGGUGGAAGACAGUUUAUUCAUGGGGUAGAUGAAUACUUAAACCAGAUUUCACAGAUGGUUCCUGCUAUUGCAUUUGGCCGACACACCCGUGUUGCUUUAGAUAUUGGUUGUGGAAUAGCAAGUUUUGGUGCCUUUUUGCUACAGCGCAAUGUGAUCACUCUAUCAAUAGCGCUAAAAGAUGCCCAUGAGAACCAGAUACAAUUUGCACUGGAGCGUGGAGUUCCCGCCAUGGCAGCAGCAUUUGCUUCUCGUCGUUUGUUGUAUCCAAGCCAAGCUUUUGAUUUGAUACACUGCUCAAGAUGUAGAAUUGAUUGGAUUCGUGAUGAUGGAAUUUUGCUCCUCGAGGCAAACCGGAUGCUAAGGGCAGGAGGAUACUUUGUGUGGUCUGUGCAACCUGUAUAUAAACAUGAAGACAAUCUGCCGGAGCAAUGGAGAGAAAUGCAGGACCUUACUAGUCGUAUUUGUUGGGAACUGGUAAAGAAGGAAGGAUCAAUUGCCAUAUGGCAGAAGCCAUUAAACAACAGCUGCUACCUUAAUCGUGAUGCUGGAGCACAACCUCCACUUUGUGACUCUAAUGAUGAUCCAGACAAUGUCUGGUAUAUCAGCUUGAGGGCAUGCAUAAAUCUACUGCCUGAGAAUGGUUAUGGGCCCAAUGUUAUUACAUGGCCUAUGCGCCUUCAUUAUCCACCAGAUAGACUGCAGAUCAUAACAAUGGAUGCCUCAAUAUCCAGAAAGGAAAUCUUCAAGGCAGAGUCAAAAUAUUGGAAUGACAUAAUAGAAAGUUAUGUUAGAGCUUUCCGAUGGAAACAAAUGAACUUCCGAAAUGUGAUGGACAUGAGGGCUGGAUUUGGAGGGUUUGCAGCAGCAUUACAUGAUCUUCAGAUCGAUUGCUGGGUUAUGAAUGUUGUUCCUGUUAGUGGGUUCAAUACCUUGCCUGUUAUAUAUGACCGUGGGCUUAUAGGAGUGAUGCAUGACUGGUGCGAGCCAUUUGACACUUACCCCAGAACAUAUGACCUAUUACACGCAGCAGGUCUGUUCUCUGUCGAGCAGAAAAGGCACAAAUGCAAUAUUUCGACCAUAAUGCUUGAGAUGGAUAGGAUUCUAAGACCUGAUGGAAUUGUUUAUGUUCGUGAUUCUGUAUCUGUUAUGGAUGAACUUCAAGAGAUAGCAAAAGCCAUGGGUUGGGUGCCUUUUCUUCGUGACACAGGUGAAGGUGAACAUGCAAGCUGGAAGAUUUUGAUUUGUGAGAAACGUAUGCCAUAAGCUUUUCCUUUUAAUUUGAUCUCUGCCCUCACUAAAUUAAUCAUCUUUUUUCCUUCCCUCUUGGCCCAAAAAAAAAAUUAGUGCACUUUUUUGUUGUAACCAUUUUUGUAAGUUCUUUAUGAAUUUCUUAGAAACUGUAUAGUUUCAAUUCAAGGGGAAAAUGUAGAUUUUUUUUU